AUGAUUGGAUAUGGAGAGUUAAGAUUAGGAGUGCGAGUGAAAUUCUCCGAGAAAUAUGGCUACCGUCUAUCACUCUUAUUGGACAUCCCUGGCUUCAACUCCCUCUGCCACCAACGCAAAGAGGCAGUUUAUGAUACCUUUACCUCCUUCCAAAUACCAGAUUAUCAGAGGAAACGCACACUCACGACUUCUUCCGCCAACCCAAACGCCGUCCAACACGCUUUUGGCGACCAGCAAGAAGAACCAGUUGGGAUUGACUUGCAGCCCGCUCACUCGAAGAAGGUUGUGAGUAGAGGUGGGGAAGAGGAAGAGGUAGCGGUCGGGUUAGAGGUAGAGGGCAAGUCAAGGGCAAGGCCAGGGGCAAAAAGAAACAGUAUCUCACUGAUGAAACGUAAACGUACACACACGGCUGAUUUCAUUUACCAGUACACCCUCAAUGAGCAACAGCAAGAGGUGGCAGAUGAGCAAGACGAGUCAGUUGCAUCUACAUCUACAUCGAGAUACCAAACACGCUCACAAACGCGCAAGAAAGAAUCAAAAUACUCGCAUAAACCCAAAUCAGCACCAAUUGAGGUAGAAAUGCGUGAGUGCGACUACGCUUACGUCAACGAGUACAAGCAAGGAUUGCUUUAA